AUGAGGCGAUCAGCAGCUCCAAGUCAAGUGCUAGGAAAUGUAGCCAAGAAGCCAAGGUUUAUACCACCAGGAAAAAGUACCACGGUUUGUCUCAAGAACGAAACUAAGGAGAUAGACCAAGAAAUGAAAUUAAAGGAGUCUGUGGAGUCAACUGGAAAAGUAAAGACUACAAAAGCAUGUUUCAGCGUUAAUAAGUGUAACAAGGUGGAAAUGAAAACGCUAAAUACGCCCAAAGCUGUAGCUGGCUCUUUGACUUCAACGUUGGACACCUCAGCUGUGGGCACAUGGGCAUAUGAACCAGAAAGGCCCACAGCUCCCAGUCCAGUUGCUGGUACUCAGACCUGUGCUCCCACAG